CAUAGUGUUGCAACAGGGACAAUGUCUUGCCUGUUUUUAACAUGCUGUGUCUUACUUUUAUUCUUUUUUGAAGUGCAUUGUCUGAGAACAGUGAUUGGAGUGGUGGGCCAGACGGUCACUCUGCCCUGCAAAUACAAUGCCAGGAGUCACUCCAUCACCACCACCAGCGUCUGCUGGGGCAGAGGGGAGGUGCCCUGGUCCAAAUGCUCGCAGACCGUCCUGGCAACCGACGACGAUGGCUCAAUCAUGUACGCCGAGUCUGACAGAUUCCAGCUUCGCGGAAAACAAGCCAAUGGAGACGUCUCUCUCAGCAUCGGGAGGCUCCAUGAGCAUGACAGCGGCAUUUAUGGGUGUCGUGUGGAGUUACCUGGCUUUUUCAAUGACCUGAAGAUCAACGUCCAUUUGAUUGUCAUUAAAGGAGUUCCAGUGCAGUCCACCACUCAGGACUUGAACUCACAACCUCCAGUAUCCCUCUGGCAUGGCAGCACAGACUCUGAAUCCCACAUCCUCACCACCACUCCUGGUACAGUUCAAUCUCCUGCACCAUUUGAUGAGCAUUGGCCCACUGGGGUGGACUACGAUGAGCCAGUUGUAGACUCUGUCAUCUCAAAGGAGAGCACACUCAUCUUCAGACCAGAGACCAUUGCCAGAACAGCAGUUGUGGCCCUCAUGACCGUGGCAACACCAGCCCUGCUUUAUGGCUUGACAAAACUACUAAAGAAGAGGAAACUGCAGGAAGAAACGGCCUAAGCCUUCUGAACCUUAUCAAGAUCUACUGUAGGCCUACAACUUAUACCCCAUAUUUGGUUGUCUGACUGAAUGAAUGAGGAGGUUGUUGAAAUCGAAAUGAAUCACACAUAUGUAAAAUGUCUGAAUUAAUUAAGUAUGACAGUACAGAAAUUAGUUAAUAAAAAUCAGAAAUUAAUAGAAAUUAAUUAAUAGAAAGUGUGUGUGACAGAAUAAAAUAGCACAGUAGAAAUGUUUCAAUGUGCUGUCAUUUAAGGUCCUGUGUGUUGCAGGCCUAGUAGGCCAAGUUUAUUUUCUGCUGUUACAGUAAUAACUCAUCUGCAAUGCUACCACCUUGUGCCUGUAUAGGGUAGUGUUUUUUCCCUUGUCUUUCCCAUCAGUGCAAUUUAUCUGAAUAAUAAACA